AUGAAUAUCGAAAUCUUGCCAAAUGAAUUAUUUUUUAAACUGUUCGAAUACCUGCACAUAGCCGAUCAAUUCCAGGCAUUUUAUAAUCUUAAUUCUCGUUUCAAUCAACUGCUUUCCCGUCAUUUGAAAACGCACAAUCACUUGAAUUUAUUCUCUGUAUCAAAGAAGAAUUUUGAUGUUAUUUGUCGAAAUUAUCUUCCACAAUUUCUCGAUCGAUCUAUCUCCAUUCAUCUCUUUGACAAUGCUCAACAAAUCAGCCAAUUUCUUUCCUAUGGAUAUCAUUUUCAUCAAUUUAUCUUCUUAAGAUUUCUUUCGUUGAAUUAUGUUGAAUCAGCAAGUAGCCUGCAAUUAGUCAUCGAUGAAUUACAACAUUUGAAUUCUCUCACACAUUUACUAAUUAAACAGUGUGACAUCGAGGAUGUGUUGAUCAAUAACGGACGGAUAUUUGAUCAAAUUUGGACUUUAUCGACUUUGACAUAUUUUGUAUUCGAACGAAAAAAAUAUUUAUGGAACCCAUUCUUUAUUUCACCAAAACGAAUCUCCACAUCGAUCAAAUAUGUAUAUCUAGACGGAUUUUCCUACAAUUCUGAUGAACUGCAUCGUCUGCUCGAGCACACAAUCAAUCUCGAAAGUUUAAGCAUCGAAAUCGAACACAAUUAUGAUUAUCAAUUGAUUUCCUCACCGAUUUUAUCAUUGAAAAAGUUAAAACUCUCAGUACAAUAUUCAUCGCAUAUUACUCAUCAUCUCUUACACUACACGCCAAAUUUAACUCAUUUAACAAUCAAAUUAUUCUAUGUAAUCCUCGAUGGAUAUCAAUGGGAGAAAUUAAUCACCACUUAUCUAUCAAAUUUGAAAGUCUUUCAUUUCAAAAUGGAAUACGUACGACGAUGUAAUAACACGACCAUCGAACCAAUCGAUGAAUUAAUUGAUUCAUUUCGUAGUCCAUUUUGGCUUGUUGAACAUCAAUGGUUUAUUCAAUGCCAUAUUCAUCGAUCUCAUAAACGUCUUCUCGCUCAUCUAUGUACUCUACCGUAUCAUUUCAAUGAGUUUAAGAUGAAUUCUACUUUACAAUUUCGAACAACCUGUCCUGCGGAUGAAGUUCGUUGGUCGUAUGACAACGUGAAACAGUUGACCUAUCAAGGUUCGAAUUGUUCGUCGAUUCGAUUUCCAAAUGUGGAGAACCUGAUCGUUGUAUUUCCCAUUGAUACGUAUUUCAAAUUGAAUCUUCCCAAUUUAUAUCGUUUGACUUCAAUGACUGUGAAAUCAAUCGAAACGGUACAUGACGAAAGACAAUUCGAAAAUCUUCUCCGACAUACGAUUAAUUUGCGUUCAUUAACAAUCAAAGAGUCGUCAUUCUCGUAUGAAGUUUUGUAUCGCUUGGCGAAUUCCUCGAUUCGUCAACUUGAUCUUCGUGGUGUUCGAUACUUUAACGAAGAGCAGUGCAAGAAAUUGGCGAGUUCAAUUUUGGGAACUCAAUGCGAAAGAUUAUCCAUCUCGGUCUGUACUCGAACUGAUAUUCCUCUUCUUGUUAAUCAAAUGAGAAAACUUCAAAUGUUGAAUGUGCACUGUAAGGAUGAUGAUUGGAAUCAGAAGAUAUAUGAAUCAAAUCCAAUCGACACAUUUGUUCGUUUUUUAAAAGAACAAUUGCCGACUACCUGUGCUAUUCAGAGGUGUACCGGCGAAAAGACGAUUUCUGUACAGUUAUUGAUCGACGUGUGA